UCCAACUAAUUCCAAAACUAGCUAUUUCUUGGAAGAUUAAUUGUCCCUGGUACUAGCUUAGCUAGCUACUGAAAAGUCCAGGAUCUUAAUUAUAUAUUUACCUGCUUCUCUCCCUUUUAAUUACCUAGCUAGCUUUAAUUAAUUACUAGCUUGUUAGUUACUACUACUAAUAUAUAUGUGCACAUGCAUGCUUAGCUCCAUCCCUUCCAAAAAGCAAGCCAUAUAUAUGAUAUGCAUAUGGACAAAUAAUAUAUAUGUGUGUGCGUAACAUAGCUAGGUAGAUAGAUAGAUAGAAUUGAAUGGUGACCUCAGUUCAGUUUGCAGCGCCAGAUUUUGGCUUAUUUCUCAUAGUCAUAGCUAGCUAGCUAGCCUCUUUUGACAUCAUGCAGAUGCAGCAGCAACAAGAAUCGCCGUUCAUCAUCAAGCUAUAGAGAUCCAGAGCUUAAUUUCCUUUCUCUUUGCCGAUCGAUCGAGCUAUGGAAACGGCAGGCAAGGAGGUGGGGUCGACGGGAGGUGGCGGUGGCGGUGCAGCGGCGGGCAACGACGGGAGUUCGACGAGCAGCAGUACGGUGGAGGAGGAAGGGGAGCGGCGCACCUCGUCGUCGUCGUCGGUGCGGGCCUACGUCCGGUCCAAGAACCCCCGCCUCCGCUGGACGCCGGAGCUUCAUCUCUGCUUCGUCCGCGCCGUCGACAGGCUCGGCGGCCAAGAUCGUGCAACUCCUAAGCUCGUUCUUCAAUUGAUGAAUGUUAGAGGGCUUAGCAUAGCUCAUGUCAAGAGCCAUCUCCAGAUGUAUAGGAGCAAGAAGAUCGACGAGUCUGGCCAGGUGAUAGGAGGAGGUUCAUGGAGAGAAGAACACCAGUAUAUUCAUCAUGGGGGACAAGCGUACAGCGUUGGCCAUCUUUCGUUGCCUGCUCUUCUUCAUCAUCGCCACAUCACUGCUGGCUCCGGUACCAGACCCAGGUUUGGCAAUGCAUGGUCCCCAUGGAGAUGUCAUGCAUCAUACUGGCCUCGUGCAGGCCACCACCUGUUUGUUGGAUCAAAACCCAAUUACCCACCACCACCACCAGCUGAAGCUGAUGAGGCAUUCCAUACUGCCAGCAGCCACCUUCCAGAUUUUGUAGUCCAAGGCUCUUCAAACCAUCAAAGACGAGUACUGAAAGAGAUAAUCUGCAAUGAGGAUGAAGGAGAAGGUCCUCAUCUUAAUCUCGAUCUAUCCCUCAAUAUUGUUAAUGCUGGUCCGCGUCGGGAGAAGAGAAAGAGAGAAUUCAGUUUGGGGAAGAAACAUAAUGAGGAAGAUCAUGAUAAUCAUACUGGUAUUAUUGGUGGUGAUCAAGAAGAAGAGAGUUGUGCUACUGGGCUCUCUCUUUCUUUGUUCUGAUCGAUCGAUCUCCCUCUUCAAAUUAAGAUGUGAGAUGAUUAGUCAGUCCUACCAGCUGGCCUGCCUGGUGAACUGGUGAUAUAUCGACUAGCUAGAUCAUGUCAUCGUGGCUAUUUGAUAAUUAAAUUGAAUUAGGGAAAAACCAUGCAACAAGGACUAGUACUCUACAUCUCACCAUAUGACUACACUGUGGUGAUAUCUUGUGGUACUUAUCCUCUUAUGCAUGUAUAUAUCUAGAGGAAGAUAAACAUUUAUCCUAUAUUUCGGUUGUUCAUCAACCUUCUUAUAUUUUGAUUAAUCUAUACUAGUUGAUCUCAGUCGAUCUAUCUGCUGAUUCAUUAUAAUAAUUAUGGUUUAGUUG